GCGAUGACGUCACUACCAGGCGCCGGGCGGCACGUCGGCCAGGCCUCGGGCGGGCUUCAGGGGGACGAAAAUGGCUAUGGCCAGUGAUUUCUACCUGCGCUACUACGUAGGGCACAAGGGCAAGUUUGGACACGAGUUCCUGGAGUUCGAGUUUCGGCCAGACGGAAAGCUUAGAUAUGCCAACAACAGCAAUUACAAAAAUGACGUCAUGAUCAGAAAGGAGGCUUAUGUACACAAGAGUGUAAUGGAAGAACUGAAGAGAAUCAUUGACGACAGUGAAAUUACAAAAGAAGAUGAUGCUUUGUGGCCUCCCCCUGACAGAGUUGGCCGACAGGAACUUGAAAUUGUAAUUGGAGAUGAACACAUUUCUUUUACCACAUCAAAAAUAGGUUCUCUUAUUGAUGUAAAUCAGUCAAAGGAUCCUGAAGGCCUUCGAGUAUUUUACUACUUGGUACAGGACCUGAAAUGUUUAGUUUUUAGUCUUAUUGGAUUACAUUUCAAGAUUAAACCAAUCUAAGUUGUAUGUUUUUUUAAAAGCUGUUUUUAUAUUUAAUUAAGGGAUGGGUUUGUCAUUUACAAUAUUGGGAUUUUUAUAAAUGUGAAACUCUUGUUUUGUAUGCCCACUGAAAAUAAGAAAAUACAUAAACAGGCUUAAUGGUUAUUCUCACUUGGCUCCAAGUGGUUUAGAUAGUCCUCACACAUAUUAAAUUCUGUAAAUGAAAGCAACUUUUUGUUGAGAUUUUGCUCCAAUAAAACAUAUCAAAGCCUG